AUGGAAAAGGGUUUGUUGGAACUACACAUGUACGCCCCAAACCCUAGGACUACUGUUAGUAUAGAACCUAGGUUACUAAGGAGUACCACACUGGUUAAGCUCACAAUCUGUGGUCAUUAUGAUAUUCGUAGCUUUCGGCGUGUGUUUUUCCCAGCCCUGAGAUCACUUUCUUUGAUAGCUGCGCUUGAUCUUUACUGCUAUCGCCUAAUGGUCAGUUCUUGUCCUGUGCUUGAAGAGUUAACCAUACGUGACUCUGAAUUUCCAGAUAUGAUGCCAACCACUGGUGCUAUGUUCGUGAAACAUGCAUCGCUCAAGCGUCUUGCGAUUGUUACACCUCUUCCCGAUGUUACAGACUACUUUUUCGCGGCUGAUUGUUUCGAAGGUGCUCGCCAAACAGUCACUUUCCAAGCACCAAGUCUUGUCUACCUUGACUAUUCUAGUUUUGUCUUUAAAGAGUACGAGGUUGAUGAUUUCGUUUCUCUUGUCGAAGCAAGGCUGAGUCUCAAGUUAUGGAUGUCUACUACUAAUUUUGAUUACGAUGAUGAUUAUGUUUACGAUGAUUAUGGUUAUCUUUGUCCUGUUGAUGAUCCAGACCCACAUAUAUUCGGUGAUGUUACCUGUCUAGUUGCAGCUAUGAGAAACAUUACGACCCUUCACUUGUCUCCUGAUUCCCUUGAGCGGGAAUUGAAACUCUCAUGGUGUAGAAGUUGCUUAGCCUGGGAUUCGAACCCCAGACUUGAUGUAGAAGCGUUUAAACUUUAA